GAAUAAUUUAUGGGGCCCGACCGUCUCCCUCGCUAUGUGCGUGCUUGUGCCUUGUGUUACUUGUGUGUGGCUGAAUGCAACGGGGCAGUUGAACCAGUACCAGAGAAAUUCAAUACCUUCAGUUCUCAUUUAGAAACCAAACUAUCUCUUCGACUACUAUAUAUACAGGUCUAUAUAUAUGCUAAACGGUAAGUCAAGACACCUUCUUUCUGAACUACGGUUUCCUUUUUUGCUUUCCUAGCUUUUAAUACCAUACAGCAAUGGCUUGCAGUGGGAAGCUUCACGUGGAUGUUGAGCUCAAGUCUCCUGCAGAAAAGGUCUGGGGAACUAUUAGGGACUCGACCAAAAUUUUUCCUGAAGCCUUGUCCCAUGAUUACAAGAGCAUUCAAGUGCUAGAGGGCGAUGGCAAGGCCCCUGGAUCUAUCCGCCUCAUCAAUUAUGCUGAAGGUUCUCCAAUUGUUAAGGUAUCCAAAGAGAGAAUUGAAUCUGUGGAUGAAGUGGGGAAGAUAUAUGUUUACAGCAUCAUUGAUGGGGAUCUCAAGCAAUACUAUAAGACUUUCAUUGGCAAGAUCAUUGUCAUUCCCAAGGGAGAGUCGAGCUUGGUUCAAUGGUCCUGUGAAUUUGAGAAGGCAAGUGAAGAGAUCCCUGAUCCAAGCUUGAUUAAGGAAUUUGCAGUGAAGAACUUUGUGGAGAUCGAUGACUAUAUUCACACCAAAGCUUAGAGGCCUGCAGGCCACCUACCUCUUUUAAUGGGUCGUCUUAUGUUUUAUUAGUAAAUAAUAAUGCAGGGGGUUCCUACUUUGGUCCUCAAUUAGCUUACCUUCUUCAGCAGUGACCUCUUAAUUAUCCCUGUAUUGUCUAUUUUAAUUUAAAGGAGUUCAGUUGCUACUGUGAUAGAAUAAUUGACUAGGAUAGAUAUUGGAUAUCUGUUCAUUAUUCUUU